AUGAUGGUUGCAUGGGGUCGACCAACUUUUAGUCUUACGAAUGAUCUACUUCCUUCCAUCACCUGGAAGACCUGUGUCUCUCGAUGCUUCUCUGCGUUGUACUGUGUUCUAGCAACUGGAAAUGACAACGUUUGUGCGUUAUAAGAGUAUUAUACUGUGUGGACUGUAAAACAGCAAAACUCUACAGGUGGAUUACUAGUUGCCAUAAAAGUAAACAAUACAAACAACAAAUGCCCUUCGGAUCCACUUGAUUUGUUCCCGAUGAAGAUGGAAAGCCCCUUGAUAAACUUUCUAGACUUCAAGUAUAAUAUUACAUUUGACGGUGAAAUAUGGAACUUCAAAUAUAAUUCUAAAUCAAAUGGUGGAUUAGCCCUUCCGUACAUGAGUCGAAUUCCGAAAACACAGUUUAACGAGGGGCAAAGUAUAUUUCUGUCAGCGAUCCCAUUAAUUAGCCAGUGGUCGUUGAAUUUGGUUGCACCUAAUGGAGACCUCCUUUUUCAUUUCAAUCCACGUCCCAAUGCUAAAUUUGUGGUCCGCGCAACACUGCUUGACGGUGUGUGGGGAGCAUCUGAAGAGGACGGCGGAUGGCCGUUCACGCCAAAUUCUCAAUUUAAUAUGACAAUUGUGAAUCAAGUAGCCGCUCUGCAAAUUCAUAUCAAUCAAGUGUUUUUUACAAGCUACACACAUCGGACUUCAAGCCCUUUUGAAGAUUAUGUCAAACUAUGGAUUCAAGGAGAUAUUCAAAUUCUUAAUGUAACCAUGUCGAGUUAA